UCACCCCUAACUAUUGAUAUUAACUUUUUCUUUCAAUUUGUAUCUCUUUUUCGGCCGCAGCAGCUGAUAGCUGCUACGGCCACACAUCAUUCUUCUCCUUGUAAAUUAUAACAUAAGUACAAUUUUUUCCUCAAACAAUAUGAGUAUAUUCUUCAAAAAUGUAAAGUUAAAAUCUCUACCACCGCCGUCGCCACCACCACCUCCUCCUCCUCCACUUUCGAAAAAAAAUUCUAAAAAAUUAAGCCCGAGAAAUAUGAAUAGGUCUUUAAUCGAGUCAUCGGAAUCAGAAGACCUACAACGACUUGUACAUGCACCACCAUUUUGGAAGAAUAAAAAGAAAUUUUCGAAACAAUUGUCGAUGAACGAGACUCAUAGUCAUAGCCACAGUCAUAGUCACAGAGACGCUUUAUGGGAAAGACGACGUCGUCAAAAAUUAAGGCAAGAAAGGAUGAAAAGUAUGGCUUCGUCAGAUAAACAAGAUUUAACAGACGAGGAUUUGAAUGAGUUGAAAGGAUCGAUUGAGCUAGGGUUUGGUUUCAAAGAAGACGACGCGGGACAAUCACUUUGCAAUACUUUGCCAGCAUUAGACCUUUAUUUUGCUGUGAAUCGUCAAUUAUCGCCGAGUCCUACGUCAACGCCACAUAGCCAAAACUCAAACAACUCUUUAGAAGCGAAAUCAUCGCCUAUUCAAAGUCCUAAGACCGAAGAUUCUUGGAAAAUUUUGAGUCCAGGAGAUAAUCCAGAACAAGUGAAGACCAGACUACGACAUUGGGCACAAGCUGUUGCAUGUUCAGUGAUGCAAUCAAUUUGAUUAUGGGAUCAACAUGUAAAUAUUAGAAGUACUAAUUAAUUAUUAUCAAAAUAUCAAAUCUAACAAAAAGGAGAAGAAAUGAGACUAAGAGAAAAAUAAAAAAAAUUAUUAUUAAGAAAAAUUGUAUCAUUUUAUGAAGAUAAUUAAUAAUGCAUAUUAUUGCAUCAAAUUAGUGGCAAUAUAUUGGGAUAAUAAAAUUACUAUAUAUUGAUCAUUAGUUAUGACUUACAAGGCUAGCUAAUACUAUGCCUUAAUCUUUUGGUAAUCAAAGUAAACAAUUUUAUGUUUGUUUUUGAAUUACCAAUAGUUUUGUAAUU